AAUAAUUUUUUCCGGUUUAAGAGCUUGGUUUAAUUGUUGACGCUUCAGUUUCCCUUUGAUACAAAAUGGUGGAGAGAUUUUUCCCGACGAAGCGGAGCUCCUGCGACGGAAAUCGCCGGCGGGAUAAACUCACUCUCCUCUCCGGUCCAAUUUCGUCAGGCAAAACCUCUCUACUCUUCCAAUUCGCUCUCAAUAUAGCGAGUGCUUCUACAACCACUCGUGUCGUCUUCAUCUGUCACCGGAAAAGAAUUGAAUCCAAUCCUCCGUUUCUCUCUCAGGGAAUCGAUUCUUCCUCUGAUGUAUUCAAUCGAAUUCAGAUGAAAUAUGUGGAUGAUGAUGAAGGAAUCAGGAAAUACUUUGCUGCGUUUCAUCUUCAUCAUGUUGAUGAUUUUCCAAAUGCGGUUAUAAUCGAUGAUUUCGGCGAUUACUUUAGUCAAUUGAACUCGAUGAUGAAUUCUCGGGCUAGAGACAUGGCGAUGGUUCGGACUCUUGCUCUAUGCCACAAUGCUAUAGCUGAUGCUAAUAGGAAAGCUUUUUGUGAGCUUGUCUUAUCUGAGACUAACCAUGGAGACUCCCCGAGGUCGUUGUUUAUAUACAAACGAUGGAUCCCGAAGAUCUUUACGAUAAAAGGUCAUGGUGAUGGAUCGUUUCUCUUGACAAGUAAUGGUACAUCCGAGAAAAGCGCCAAGUAUUCGAUCGCGCUGCAAUAUCUCAUCUUGGAGCAGAUUAUUGAUGAUGGUUAGUUAACAGAGAAGAGUACCCCUAAUGACAAGUUCUGUUUUUAAGAUAUUUUUGUCAACCCGUUCCUUAAAAUUCUUGUUGUUUUAAGAAGUUUUGCAAAUUGGUAUUUGCAUUAUUAGGUACUUCUUAGCGCAAAAAUGUUAAAUU